AUGUUAGAUGCAGCACUUUCCAAGGCACAAAGAGAAGGUAUUUCCAAGCAAUCUGGUAUUUGUGGCCAUCCUGCAUUGCAACGUGUCAGCUCUCUUGACUAUGCUAACACAUUCCCUUGGGAGUGGAUGCAUCUGUUUCUCGAGAACGUGGUGCCAACUCUAGUGAACAUAAAGAGAAGUAUUACACGCACAUUAUCCGACCUCAUGAAGUUGAUGGUGCGGUUUGAGAUUAGUGAAAAAGAGGUUGAUCUGCUGGAAGUGGGACUUAUUGAGUGGGUAGAGCAUUACAAAAAGUACUACUACCAAUAUGAAGAGAACCAAUUACCUGUCUGUACACUCCCCAUCCAUAGUCUGUUGCACAUUGCAGCAGGCAUUCGUUUCUGCAGCCCUGUCUGGACAAGUUGGACAUUCUAUAUGGAGCGGUACUGUGGCUACCUACAAGCUGGUUUACACUCACGCCGUUUCCCUUGGAGUAACCUCAAUAAACGAGUUCUGCAUGCAGUGUAUCUAAGUCAACUGAAGCUAAAAUAUAAUCUAGAUGAUGAACUGAAGGAUUUCCACUCUAGUCAGCGCAACUAUAGUAUACUGAAGCAAAAUGAGAAAAUAUAUCCAGAUUUAAUGCCCCUUUGGGGAAAACUACGCAUUGCUGCUGGUGGUGAUGUUGUUCAAAGUGCUUUUGCAAUGAAAAAGAGCAACACAUUAUCACAACGUGAUAAUUCUUUUGUGCGGUAUGAGAUCUCUUACACUGUACAAGAACACAGGAAUACCACUGUCACUGCCACUCAUUAUGGCCAUCUCGAACAAAUACUUGUCUGCCAGCUUGGAAAUGAUGAUUUUUGGAAGGAUCUAUCUGGUUGUGGACUUCUAUUGGCAGUCAUCACACCAUGUAAAACUGAGGGUAAAGAUGCAGCUUUAGAAGUUGCUGUGUAUGGUGGAGUAGCAGCUGCCAUUGCCACGGACAUUUGUAACAUCAAAGCUGUUGUCGGACGAGUGAAGACAAGAGGAAGAUGGGGAAUUAUAGACCGAACAAGUGGUCUUGCUUCUGUCGCUUUCACACACCAGGACACAGAGGGAGUGGAAUCUGAGUUUUAUGACUCCGGACCAGGUUCCAAUGAUAACUUUAUGCAAUAGAUUGCCUCAAAACUCUUUGAUAAAAAUUCAGUGAUUGAUCAGAAUGAUUAAUUGACUUUAGCACUUUGUACAUCAUUGACUUAUUGUAAUAUACAAUGAACAUCAGUG